CCACUGAGAAAUUUCACAUCAUCUACUUGUUCAAAAUGACUCUCACCCAGACAACCCCCUACCCCUUCACCUUCACCAGCAGCGCAACAAACCAAACCCCAAGCAAAGACGCUGCAAGAGACGAAACACUCACCCUCAAGAAUGUGCGCGGCAAAAUCCCCUCCCUUCAAGCCUCCACCCUCCGCACCAUGAUGCUGGAAGCACACUCCGACCCCACGAAGAUUAUCGCUCACGCCUGCUCCUACGACGGCCUCUCCUCUCGUCUCGUGCAGGAAGCCGGCUUCCCCAUUGUCUUCUUGGCAGGCUAUGCCGUGGCCAGCUCCUAUGGACUCCCAGAUACGGGGUACAUUGCUAUGGCGGAGAUGUGCGAUAAGAUCCAGGAAGCUGUGCGCGCGACGGACAUUCCUGUUAUGGCAGACGGCGAUACAGGAUACGGAAGUCCGAUGAAUGUCAAGAGGACGGUAGAGAGCUUUGCGGCUGCUGGUGCAGCGGGGAUUAUGAUUGAGGAUCAGACGUGGCCGAAGAGAUGCGGCCACACAAAAGGCAAAUCCGUCGUUUCAAGAGGCGAAGCCUACGCCCGGGUCCAAGCGGCCGUUGAUGCCCGUAACAACGGCCAAGAUAUCUUCAUCCUAGCGCGUACUGACUCCUUAAUCCACGGAUGGGAGGAGGCCAUGACUCGUGCAAAGGAGUUCAAACGCAUAGGUGUGGACGCUGUAUUCGUUGAAGCCUUACCUGAUCGCGAGGCAAUGCAACAAUGUGUCCAGGAACUGCAACUGCCUGUCUUUGCGAAUAUUAUUGAGGGCGGGCUGACGGAGAACCUGUCAGCCAAGGAUCUGGCUGAGCUCGGGUUCUCGGCCGUUGCGUAUCCGUGGACGCUUGUGGCGGCGAAGUUGAAAAGCAUUCGGGACACGUUGGAGGCGUUGAAGAGGAGUAUGACUACUGGGGCACCGCCGAUGAUUUUGGGCUAUGCGGAGGUCUGUGAAGGGGUUGGGUUCAAUAAGUAUUGGGUAAGUCCAGUUGGGGUUCCGUAAGUGGGCAUCCUUGAGGGUGUUUACUAACAGUUGUUUAGGAUCAGGAGGUGAAGUAUGAGUAUAAUGAGAAUGGAUUGGUGAAGAACCGGAAUGGAACUGCGUAGCCUGGAUCGCGCAACAUUGGGUGCAUUUAACAAUUCGAUACAAUAUCAAUAUGCAGCCUCCAUCGUGGAGUCAGGAGGCUGAGCAGCAUUCUAUUAGAAUACGAUGAACACAAAUGCAAGUAUACGGAACCUCGAUGGGAUGCUAAACCAACGAGCUAUGCAUUAAAUCAAAGCCAGGUGCAAUUUAGAUAUCUAUGUACCUGUCUUGUGCGAUUGUCAAAUUCCAGGUAAAUGCAUUAGAUCCUUAAGUGUUCAUGGGUAUUCUGCAAUGUAACGGAUGGGCUGUCACGAUCAAAAUAGAGAAAAAGACCACAUCAAAACAAGCAAAUAAAAAAAAAAAAAACAAA